AUCCAAUUAAUUUUAUUAAAGUUUGUAACAUCACAAACUUUAUAAUUAGCCGUAGACGUCAUAUUUAUAAAUUAGUGAUGUGAGUUGAAUCUUGAAUUACUUAAAAAAAAUGAAAAAGAAGACAUAGACAUAGUAUGGGCAAUUGACCAUUCUGCCCCUAUGGAAGCAAAGAAAUACUUGUCAAGAUUUUUGUUUUAAGCAAAGGAAAAAAAAAAGCUCCCUCAACUUCAUCGUCCAUCCUCCUUUCCACACUUGGAGCCCCAAACCCAAACCCAACCCAUCUCUCUCUCUCUCUCUCUUUUCUCUUUCUCUCUCUGAAAGUGAAAACAGGCUCAUCAUUGUCGCAGGCAUGGCCUUUCAGCAGGACCACCACCACCUCUCCCAAGAAAUGCCCCUCCACCACCCCCACUACUCCGACCACCACCACCACCACCCCUCCGUCUUCCGCUCCAUCCUCCCCGAUCACCCCGACGACAAACCCCCCACCUCCACCUGGCUCAACACCUCCUCCCUCCACCACCAGUGGCUCCCCACCCAGAGUCAACCCAGCCCCCCCACCCCCACCGCCAACAGCGAUCACCUCCAGGACAGCGGGGAUAAGAGCAACGGCAGCGGCACCAACACCAACACCAACUGGGAGAGGGAGAAGUGCAAGGCCGACAUCCUCACCCACCCCUUGUACGAGCAGCUCCUGUCGGCGCACGUCUCCUGCCUCCGGAUUGCCACUCCCGUCGACCAGCUGCCCAGAAUCGACGCCCAGCUUGCCCAGUCGCAGCAGGUCGUCGCCAAGUAUUCCGUCCUCGGCCACGCCCACCACCCGCUCGAUGAUAAAGACCUCGACAAUUUCAUGACGCAUUAUGUUCUAUUGCUGUCCUCCUUUAAAGAACAACUGCAACAACAUGUCCGAGUUCAUGCUAUGGAAGCAGUCAUGGCAUGUUGGGAGCUUGAGCAAUCACUGCAAAGCCUGACAGGUGUAGCACCAGGAGAAGGUUCAGGAGCAACCAUGUCUGACGAUGAUGAGGACCAGGCUGAUAGUGAGACUAACGUAUUCGAUGAAAGCCUCGAUGGAGGAGACAACAUGGGAUUUGGUCCCCUGGUACCGAGUGAAACCGAGAGAUCCUUGAUGGAACGCGUGAGGCAAGAGUUAAAGCACGAGCUAAAACAGGAUUAUAAGGAGAAGAUUGUGGAUAUCAGAGAAGAAAUACUACGGAAAAGAAGAGCAGGAAAACUGCCCGGUGAUACCACGUCAGUUUUGAAAGCAUGGUGGCAGUCACAUUCCAAAUGGCCUUAUCCUACAGAAGAAGAUAAGGCGAGGCUGGUACAGGAAACUGGUUUGCAACUGAAGCAGAUAAACAACUGGUUCAUCAACCAACGGAAAAGGAAUUGGCACAGCAAUCCUUCUUCCUCGUCUACUCCGAAAAGCAAGCGAAAGAGUGGCGCAGGUGAUAAAACUGCUAAUGAGCGUUUCUCGUGAAGAAGUCAUCUCGCAACAGGCAGAUAUAUUCUUGGUCGUGUUGAUCAGAACCCCCACCCAUAUCAACAGCUAUGCACAGUUAAAGAACGGGAGAGGGGAUCGACUGCUGUAGCUGUAUCGAGGUAAUUUUUGGCAUGGGAUAAGAGGCCGGAUCCCUUAAUGGCUUAUAUAUUGCUUGAAAACAUUAUGAAUUCUAGCCUUGUAUAUCAAUUGUGGUGUUAAAUACCUAGCCUAUACGAGUAGGAACGAUGAAAAGUUUUGUCUUGUUCUCUUCUUUGUAUCGUCUGCGACAACUAAGUCCUCGUCUCUCUGUUUUUCUGUAUAAAAAUUGUGGUGCUUAUGAGUAGAUGAUGAAUCAGUUGCAUCUUA